AUGUCAUUCGUCAAAAUUUCCCCGAAGACUGUGGGGUCCGGGCACAGGGCGGCCGGGACGUCCCUGCCCCGCGAGCGCCGCGGGGUGGCGGCGCGGCGCGUCCCGGGCGCGGCGUCACUCCGGCAGUGGCGAGCGCCCACCCUCGCAGAACGCGCGCCUCAGGCCGCUCCACGCCGCCGACCUCCCCGAUGCUCUGUAUGUGAUGAGAAUAGGAUGAAUGAAACGACAAAUGAACAGAUUAGAGAAGGUUCACUCAAAUUAUCUCUGUACACUGGAGGCAUAUUCUCGCGUGCGUGCGCGUCGCUGAGAUGUACGUGUGACGCGAGACAGCGACGGAACGACAUGGCGGAUGACAACACCAUCAUCGAGGGCACCGUCAAGUUCCGCGACGGGAAGAAGUGGAAGUCGCGGUGGUGCGUGAUGCGCAAACUGUCUCCCGUCGCAGACUGCGUGCACCUUCAGCUGUACCGCGACUCGAAGGCGCGAUGGGGCGGCGCAGCGAGCAAGGCCUCCCUGUCGCUGCAGCACUACCUCGGCAGCGAGUCGGGCUUCACGCUCGAUAAGCACUCCAACACACUGGCGCUUGUGUGCAGGGACCUCGUCGCCAUACUCGCCUUUGAGACCCGCGAACGACUCAUACAGUGGCAGGUAAAAGUAAGCGCACAGCUGGGAGAGCCGCGCCAUUACCUGGUGCUGGUGGGUGGCGCGGGAGCAGCCAGCGUGAUGGGGGGUGGACCGGUGCCCAGUAACAAGCGACUCCCGGCAGGGCCCGCACGCUUGCAUUUGCACGAGCGUCGCCUCGCGCUCACUGCCGGCGUACCGCCAAGAUUACUGGGGAUAUGGGAGCUUCCGCAUCUCAGGCGCUACGGUGUGGUGGAGGGGCGGUUCUGCUUCGAGGGUGGCUCGCACUGUGGUAAAGGCGAAGGUCUACACGUGCUCAUUACAGAUCAGGCGCAUGAGAUCUCGCGGGACUUUGAUCUUGCUUCGCAGGGUCGACUAUCGCCCAGAAGACGACCAAACCACUUUAAAAGAAAUGAAGGUGUAGAUAGUCCAAAGUCACAUAAAGCGUAUCGCCCAGAUACGCGGCUGUCGGAACUGAACACAAUCGAUCACUCCCUCCCGCCGAUGGACUUCCGGCACUACGAUGAAGCAUGUGGAGGAGAGGACAACGGUGCAAUCUCGCCGUACUGGCCGUCUACAGAGCGAAAUCAGUUUCCAGAUAUGGGGCUAGGGGAUACGGCCUCGGUUCAUGAAGGAGAUUCGGGUGAUGCUACAGCUUGGGGGAACGGGGUCGGCAACGUGACGCUGGAGCGGUGCAUGAGUUGCAUUUCGAAACUCGGUGCUAUGUCAAGGUCGUCAACUGCGGCCCUAACUCCCGGAGCAAAACAUUUUAACCCUGCGUGGACCAUGGAGCCGGUUCACGAAUCUGUCCCAGAUACUGUGACUCAUAGUGAUAGUUUACCUAGUGCUGAUGAUAAGACUGAAGUCUGCCGCUGUGAUGAGCCGCCAAACCUACCUCCAGACAGACCUCCCAAACCCACCAGGCUGGAUUUGAAUCUGAAUAGUAGACCCAUGACCUGUAGCUGCCCCCACACAGCACCCGCUGAAGACAAAUCUAGCAGAGUGGGUCCCUAUGACAAUUACGAUGUACCAAAAUUGCCUUCAGCAGAGGUUGAAGGUGAAUAUUACGAUACACCGAAAAGGCUUAAGGAAUGUCUAAGUAACGAACUUUUUAAAGUUACAAAAAGUACUACACCAAACUCUGUUAUACUAAAAAAACCUUGUGGAUGUUUGUUGAAGUUUGGGAAAAGACGGAGAGAGCCUACAAUCGUUGAUUCCGAAGAAAAUUUCCAACCAGUAAAUUGCCCAUGUCAGCGCGUCACCGAUUGGGCCAAUAAUUGGAUCAAACUGCCAUACUGCAGGAAAAACACUGUAUCGAGUGAUAACUUACAGCCAAACAAAGAAAACGUAAUGCCAAUUAGUAAUGACCGUAGCGCAUUGUAUGCAACUAUUGACCUUUCGCGAAAAACGAGGCGAAAAUCGCGUCCAUGCGAACAGCAAGAUGAUGGGUUCAACUCGGAAUGCGCAAAAAUGAGUAUGAUGAGACCUGUAGAAAUUGACAAUGGCCCACUCGCCAACUACGAGAACUUAAGUUUCGCCUUGUCCCUGGAACACUAUGAAAAUGCUAAAGAUUUAUUAAGAAAGGCAGGUGUCACACAAGCAGAACUGGAUGCAAUUAGCGCAAAUCUUAAACCAAUUUCAUUUACAAAUGUAAAUGGCAGAAAUAUCUGUACUAAAUGUGGUCAUCCACAACAACGUGCACAAGCAAAACUAGAUUCAUUAUCUAUUAGUACCAAUGAUGAUUAUUUAAUGAUGGAACCAAAUGUCAUGGAAGCAAAGCUAGAGCACAGUAAGACACUGCCUUCAGGCUACACACCCAUGUCACCUAUUGGUGGUUUUGCUUUUAAUACUCUAAAGCAUCCAGCAAAAAGUCCGAUAAACAGGUUGCUGGAAGAAAAAUCAGCAAGCAAUCCUACACUUUGUGGUCCUGAUGAAUGUCGCCGCGUCCAAAGUCACGAAAGCGGAGACGUAACACGUGCGUCAGGUUCCUCUAAAGAGCGGAUUGAAAGAGUUGAAUAUAGAAAACGUUCUAGUUCAGCAGAUUCUUCACGAUUCCUCGAGGAUGUGAAGGAAUUUGAGGGCAAUGUUGACAGCCACGGCUCUAACUCCUCCAUAGAAACGCUAAGAAAUAUUGCUCUUGACCACCGGAUGCCAACACCGUGCGAUUGUGCGACUGAUAAUAAAAAUUCGGAUGCUGAGAGUUCAGAAGCUUCAAAAGACGCUGAAGGCAGAGAAAUACCGCUAACUAAGCGCUCAUCAUCAGUGCCAGGCAAGGCUGGCGGUAACCGUGAUUCAUCGUCGUCUAAUGACUCUGGAGUAUCAAGUUGUUCAUUGCGACGCGCAGGAGAACUACCCGAUUUUGAACUGCCCUUGACAACAUCUGCAACUUGGAGACAUUAUCGCAGUACGCGCCGGGCAGCUGCCUGCAUACACACGUCCUUACCACGACGUUCUAAAUCUACGGACCCACUGAGAGAUUUUGCCACUCUGCAGCGAGUUCGUAUUCCAGCAAAAUCUUCAUCUGCCGAAGCCGAGGUGCCCGUGUUAACUGCAAAACCACUACGAAGCGUAGUGGACACACACAGCACUUCGAGCGGUACGUCCGACAUGUCGGACUACAUCGAGACGUUGUCGAUCUGCUCCUCACAUUCCUCAACAGAUACUCCCGUCACCAUGAGGGUGAUGCGUCAGACAACGAGCACUCUGCGGCCGCGGUCGGGCAAGGAGUACCAGAACUUGGACCCACGCCUCACGUCCGUGUACCGAGGGCCCGCGCCGCACGCGCUGUCGCGCCCUCAUCACGUACAUUAUUACACAAACCUGCCCUAG